CAGGCCGAGUUGUGCCGCUGCGGCCCAUUAGCAGAAACUGCCCAGACCGCCAUGGCCGCAGGGAGCGCCCCUGGGUGGACCGUGGGGGCCCUUGGAGUGGUCUGCCUGUUCCUCAAAUUGGAUUUCAUCAGCUGUCUGCCCCAAGAUAUUUAUGGAGCUAUGGAUGGGAAUGUAACCUUUUAUGCUUCAAAGUUUCAACCAUUUACAGAAAUUACAUGGAAAAAGGGGAAGAAUAAAGUUAUAGAAUGGGUUGAACACUCUGAACCUGAAGCUUUUCAGUCUUUUCAAAAUAGAGCUUAUUUAGACAUUGUGUCAGGUAACCUGACCAUCACCAAGUUAACAAAAUCAGAUGAAGGUGAAUAUGAAAUUGAAUCCCCAAGUGUUAAAGAUAUCUCCAUGUUCUCCCUCAGAGUGAUUGCACCUCUUCCAUCACCAUCAGCAUCUUGCUUUUUGACUGAAAAUGGAAACAUUACUCUCACCUGUGAGAUCAUGGAACUUGGCGACUAUACCGAUGCAGACCUCAUACAGUAUUCGUGGGAAUGUCCUUCAGCAAUACAGUGUCACCGUGGCUCAAUUUCAGCUGAAGCCUAUGUCUCACAGGAAAGUGAUCUUUCACAGAGUGUUCACUGUGUCAUUAGCAAUCCAUUAUUCAGAACAUCAGCUUCCAUCGCUUUGUCAACCUGUGUACCACAGGAUAAUUCAAGACAUAGGUAUGUGCUUUUUGCCAUACUCCCAGCAGUAAUAUGUGGCUUGCUGUUUUUAAAAUGUUUUCUGGGACGUCGUAGCCAAAGAAACACAGCGGGCUAGUGCCUGUUGUGUGGUAACAGAAGAUGAAAUGGAACACGUGGCAAUUAAGUUAUUUCAAUUGCUUCGGGAAGGCAUCCGAUGCACCAUUCAUGUAUUACCUUCUCCUUGAGGAAACUUUGAAAUUCUGCCUGAAAUUGACCAUUUAUAAGAAGCAAUAUUUCCUAGAAGAGACAAGGACUAACACACAACAGGCAUUAGUGUCUACACUGAACAAAACUAGAUACUAUCUUGUUCCUUAAUUGUUUAUUGUAAAUUGUAUUUUUCUAGAGAUGUGAAUCUGUAAAUAAUGUAAGUAUGUAUAUAUAUGAUGAAGCAGCUCCUAGAAUUUCCUUUAUCUUCCAGACUUUGGUCCCCACAUGGUCUCCCUGGCCUUUUCUGACCCCAUCUAUCACCAGUAAAAUCCCUUGUAUCCUCUUUAAUGGAUGUUCACGUCCCCUUUCUGUUCUUGUGAACCCUGGCAGCCAUCUCAAGGACAAGCUGUCCUCUCUUGUGCGCCUUGUACAGUGGGCUCAGGGGGAGGCGGGGCAUCCUCCUGGCUCAGCUCUGCUUCCAGACCGUUGCUCCUUCUCCAGCUCUGAUGCUCACGCCAGCAGACCCAUAGCACCCAAUAGCCCUUUUCCGAGUUAUCUUUGUUAUUCCUCAUGCCAUGAAGAUUUUUAACACCAGGUGGAAACCACUCUCAACACUGCCCCUUUCAGAACUGGAGUGUUUUCACAACCUGCAACUUUCAAUACCCUGGCAUGGUCUCCCCCAGGGAUCUCAGCUUCCUCUCCCAGCACUGCCUGGGCCCCACUCCUGGCCUUUUCAUUAGCAAUAUCACAGCUCCUCACUAUCUUAGCACUUAGCAGCCCCUCACUAGCAAUAGCAUGCCCCCUUUGCUCACUGUCUUCCACACCACGCCCCCAAGGGGCCCUAAUCCAAAACUCCAGCAGUCCAGCCAGGACCUGCAAGCUGGCCACCCUGCCUCUUCCCUGCCCGUCAUCCCCUCUGAGUCCUCCUUCUCCUCACUCUUUGGGGUCUCCAGUGAUCAUCAGUGCAACUCCACCCUCACUCUUUACCCCUAUACUAGGCCAAACCCCAGCUGUGGUUAUAGUCACUUGUACUAUUUCCCUUCCUUCCAUUCAAACUGCUGAACAUCCUGGAGAAAAACAUACUACCUGGCUGAUGAGUUUCACUUCAAAUGACUGUACACCUCAAAGGGAUUCCCAGUGUUUCUCAGAUGUCCUCGUUGGAUCAUGCUGGUCCAUUCACUGCUUCCUCGUUGCUCUUCUUAGACCCAUAACACUGUGUCCUCAUUCUCAACUUCUCACCGUGCUUCCUGUAUCACUGAAGAAAAGCACUGAGGAGACCUCUCUUCCCAGUCCCCACCCUUCCACACCUCACACCCAGCUGCGUCAGCACCCAUGUGCCUUGCCUCCCCUCCUGUCACUGUGGGUGAACUCUUCUCACUCCUCCGAAAGCCAGUCUCUCCACUUGUCUUAGUCUGCUUGGGCUGCCAUAAAAGAAUACCAUAGACUGGGUGACUUUAAAAACAGAAGUGCAUUUGUCCCAGUUAUAGAGGCUAAGCCCCAGAUCAGAUGCUGGCCAGUGUGGUUCCUGGUGAGGUCUCUUCCUGUCUGGCUCUGUCCCCACUUGGCACAGAGAAGAGCUCCAGGAUCUGUUUCUCUAAGGGCACCAGCUCUGUUGGACUGGAGGCCUCCCCUUAUGACCUCAUUUAACCUGUAUCCCCUCCUCCCAGGCCUUACCGCCAAAUACAGUCACCGCAGGAGUUAGGGUUUCAACGUGACUUUCAGGGGAUGGAUCAUUCACACUGCUUCUGCACGGGGUCCCAUCUCCCUGCAUCUACAUAAGGACAUCACUCUUGUCUUUGUCCACCCCUCUCUCCCAUCAUCAGCUCGUACCUUUCUAUGGCAGCAUACAUACUGUCAUUUCUCAUAUCUUUAAGAAAAAACAAAAUACUCUUGACUAUACUUUCCCAUCCAGCUCUCGUCUCACUUUUCUGCUCUCUUUUACGAAAAGUUCCUCAAAAGAAUGAUCUGUACUUUCUUUUUCUGACUCUUCCCUCCCCAUUCUUCCUUGAACACUGGUCAGUCAGGCUUUCACCCCAACUUCUCGCCAAGCUUACCAAGAUCUUGCUGAGAUCAAGCUUGCCAGGCCCUCUUGUAAGAUCGCAUGGUCAGUUCACCGACCUCUUCUUAUUCUGCCUGUGAGCACCAUCUGAAGUGGUGGAGGGCCCCUUACAUAUUUUAGUGCUUUCUAGGUGCUAGGUUGGUCUUCCCUGAUGACUCAGUGGUAAAGAAUCCGCCUGAAAUACAGGAAAUGCGGAGACACAGGUUCAGUCUCUGGGUCAGGAAGAUCCCCUGGAGGAGGGCUUAGCAACCCACUUCAGUAUUCUUGCCUGGAGAAUCCCAUGGACAGAGGAACCUGGUGAGCUGCAGCCGCUGAGGUUGCAGAGAGUCAGACGUGACGGUGUAACUUUGUACACACACAUACACACAGAUACACACACACAGGUACUAGGUUCAGCGGGGUAUUCAAUGAAGGAAGCUCAUAGUGUGACAGGGCAGGUCACUGUGAUCACUUGUGGGAUAUAUACCCCGUCCUAGAAUGGAAAUGUAUGCAAAGGAAGAAGGCGGUAACCAUAAGACCCAGCAAUCCCACCCAUUGGUAUACACCCAAGAAAAAAAACACAUACGUCCAGACAAAAACUUGCACAUGGGUGUUCAUAGGUCAUUAUUCACAGCAGCCAAACAAUGCAAAUUCUCCAAAUACAUAUACAUGGGUGAACAGAUCAAUAAAAUGUGGUCUAUCCAUACAAUGGAAUAAUAAUAUAAAAAUUAAUAAAGGUCUUUAGUAAUGCAAAUGUUUGAUGAUAUAUGGUAAAGAAAAGGUCAUUCUUACUCUAAGUGGUGGGCAGGAUGGGGAGGGAAUACUGACUGUGAAGGGGUAUGAGGGCUUUAGGGGAGUUAACAUUGUUAUUUCUUGACCCACAUAAUAUUUACAACAGAGUAUACCUGUGGUGUGUUUGUAUAACAUUAAACAAUGUUUUUCAAAACUCAAAA